AUGACCGAUUUAAAUCCAAUUGCUAUAAUCUUAGCAACGUCUGGUUCGAAAGGCAACCGAAUUUUAUUUCGUUAUCCACCAGAAACAGUAAAAAAGAAUGCUGUUGCUUCAAAAUCAAAUGCUUUCACAAAUCCCUAUGCUGUGACAAUUGCUGAAGAUUUCAGUGCAAAAGUUGAGGAAAGUGAGUCGAAUAAAGAAAAUGAAACUCUUUUGGGGAGUCAUAAUAUUGUUGGCUUCAACAUCCAAACCCUGGGGACAUUGUUAGCUGCUGAAACCAUUUUGUGUGGUCAGCGUUUUGAUGUCAAAAUCAAAGAUGUUCGAUUUGUUGGCUACCCUCUUCAUUUGCAUAACCCCAACAGUAAAAUGGUCCAGACAAUACAAUCCUUCAAUGUAGUUAUUGUAUUGAGGGCUCAAAUGAUGCAUACUUUAGUAUGGAGAAAGGCUUCCGUGGAUACAACUGUUGUCAAUUAUUACCAGGACCUUGCCAAACAAAUCACAGUUGCCAUUCGCCAUGAAGAGUGCCGCUGUAACUACCUCACUCUCCAAACCAAAGCCAUGCAGCAAGUCCAUGAUGAAAUGACACCUCUGCCUGAAGGAUUUGAAUGCCCUUAUGAGAUGAUCUUAGAACGCAGUCAACUUGCUCGUGAACUUAAAUGUAUUUAUGACAGUUUGUGUCGGAAUGGUAUUGUCCACCUUUAUAUCAACCACUGGGUGAUGGUCAACUUUUGCCUGCCCCACAGAGUUCAUCUAAACUCCUUUAAUAAUAAAGCUCCAACGCCUGAAGCCAUACAUAAGUGCUUACAUUCACUAAGACCCUACCAUGGUGUGCUUCUUUUAGUAGACAGUGAUACACUGUUGAAAUCUCUGCCAAUUGACAACUCCCCAGCACUGUCACGUCUAAUUCAUUAUAUAAAUCCUACUAAAAACUUAAAAACACUCUCACUUGAUACUGACUUGAGUUUAUCCCAGGUUUUUCGUUUGGUCAGCCAUCUUGUAUACUGGGCAAAAGCCAUGGUUAUAUUUCCCCUUUGUGAGAAUAAUAUGUAUGUAUUGUCACCUCAUACCAAUCCUAUCACAUCUGUGGGAACCCUGAAAUUUAUACUUAUAGAUAGCAAUGUUUAUUUGGUCAAGUCUUUUGAAAGAAAUUUUCCCAAUGAAUCUUUACCAGUUGUUCUAGCCAAAUAUUCUUUACCCAUACGAAUGAGUGAAUACCGAGAUGCUAUUGACACUUCUCAGAAACAGAGUCAGAAAUGCAAGUUAGUAGUGUGGAUGUUACAACAUCAAGUCCUCAUACAGCUACACACCUACAUAUUUCUUUCUCUGCCCACGCAAAAGAGUAAAAAGAAAAAGCUAUCUGAUUCUCUUCUGUCAUCUAUGCCUCUCUCCCAGUGUCUGCUUGGAAGGAGUGUUCCUGAUGUUACCAUUGACGAAAACUGUGUUCUUGAGAGGACACAGAGCUCUUCAGAUAUAGCUUCUGUAAACAGCGAUGAGAGUGUCAACCUGGGCAUUCCUCAUUCUACAUCAAUGGAUGUACUCAAUUUAAGUGAAGGCCUCAGAGACACUAUGUUGAAGUACUUGACACCAGAGGAGUAUGAAACAGUCCUGAGGCUUCCAGCUUCUCGUAAUAUUGAAGACUUAAAGCUUUUUGCCAGUCUGUGUUGUUAUUUUGAUGGAAGACAUCACUUGGAAGAAAUUAUGUAUUAUGAAAAUCUACGACGAUCUCAAGUAAUAGCAAUUUUAGAUAACUUCCAUGACAUUCUUGAAACUUGCACUCAUGAAGAUCCUGCCACAUCUUUUCACAUCAGGUAA